UGUGGGGUGAAUUAUUCGGCUGUGCGCUGAGAGAAACGAGAGCAUCAAUCGGGGAAAAGGCCAGGAAAACUUAAAUAAAACAUAGGAUUUUCGUCGCACAGUGAGACAUUGUCCGCCCUAAUUAUCCUGGACGGACAUGCAAGUUGAAGACUGGCCGGUUGUGUGAGCGACCUCUUGUAAUCAUGACGACCCACGUGACUCUGGAGGAUGCUUUGUCUAACGUGGAUCUGUUGGAGGAGCUGCCCCUCCCUGACCAGCAGCCCUGCAUCGAACCUCCGCCUUCGUCCAUCAUGUACCAGGCUAACUUCGAUACCAACUUUGAGGACAGGAAUGCGUUUGUGACGGGGAUAGCUCGCUACAUCGAGCAGGCAACUGUCCACUCUAGCAUGAAUGAGAUGCUGGAGGAGGGCCAUGAGUAUGCUGUCAUGCUCUACACCUGGAGAAGCUGCUCAAGAGCUAUACCACAGGUGAAGUGUAAUGAGCAGCCCAACAGGGUGGAGAUCUAUGAGAAGACUGUGGAGGUGCUGGAACCAGAGGUCACCAAGCUCAUGAAGUUCAUGUACUUUCAGCGUAAGGCCAUUGAGCGUUUCUGCGGGGAGGUGAAGCGUCUCUGCCACGCUGAGCGGAGGAAAGACUUCGUCUCUGAAGCCUACCUCCUCACCCUGGGCAAGUUCAUCAACAUGUUCGCUGUGCUCGACGAACUCAAGAACAUGAAGUGCAGCGUCAAGAACGACCACUCUGCCUAUAAAAGGGCAGCUCAGUUCCUGAGGAAGAUGGCCGACCCUCAGUCCAUCCAGGAGUCACAGAACCUCUCUAUGUUUCUAGCCAAUCACAACAGGAUUACUCAGUGUCUGCAGCAGCAGUUGGAGGUGAUUCCUGGCUAUGAGGAGUUGUUAGCAGACAUUGUCAACAUCAGUGUUGAUUACUAUGAGAACAAGAUGUACCUGACGCCCAGCGAGAAACACAUGCUGCUCAAGGUGAUGGGUUUUGGUCUCUAUCUGAUGGACGGUAAUGUCAGUAACAUCUACAAACUAGACGCCAAGAAAAGGAUCAACCUGGGAAAGAUCGACAAGUUCUUCAAGCUGCAGGUGGUGCCUCUGUUUGGAGACAUGCAGAUAGAACUAUCACGUUACAUAGAGACCAGCGCCCACUACGAGGAGAACAAGUCCAAGUGGACGUGUACCCAGAGCUCCAUCUCUCCCCAGUACAACCUGUGUGAGCAGAUGGUUCAGAUUCGUGAUGACCACAUCCGGUUCAUCUCUGAGCUGGCUCGCUACAGUAACAGUGAGGUAGUGACCGGGUCGGGCCUGGACAGUCACAAGUCAGACGAGGAGUACAGGGAACUGUUUGACCUGGCACUCAGAGGGUUACAGCUGCUGUCCAAGUGGAGCACACACGUCAUGGAAGUGUACUCGUGGAAGCUGGUCCACCCGACAGAUAAGUUCUGUAACAAGGACUGUCCUGGCACAGCGGAGGAGUAUGAGAGAGCUACACGUUACAACUACACCUCAGAGGAGAAGUUUGCCCUGGUCGAGGUCAUCGCCAUGAUCAAGGGACUGCAGGUGUUGAUGGGUCGUAUGGAGAGCGUAUUCAACCAGGCCAUAAGGAACACCAUCUAUGCAGCCCUGCAGGACUUUGCCCAGAUGACCCUCAGAGAGCCUCUACGUCAGGCUGUACGCAAGAAGAAGAACGUUCUCAUCAGUGUCCUGCAGGCGAUCCGUAAGACCAUCUGUGACUGGGAGGGGGCUCGGGAGCCUCCCAAUGACCCUUGUCUCAGGGGGGAGAAGGACCCCAAGGGAGGGUUCGACAUCAAGGUGCCCCGCAGAGCUGUGGGACCCUCGAGCACACAGCUGUACAUGGUUCGUACCAUGCUGGAGUCGUUGAUAGCUGAUAAGAGUGGUUCUAAGAAGACUCUACGCAGCAGUCUGGAUGGACCCAUAGUACUGGCUAUAGAAGACUUCCACAAACACUCCUUCUUCUUCACACACCUGCUCAACUUCAGCGAGGCGCUGCAGCACUGCUGUGACCUGUCUCAGCUGUGGUUCAGAGAGUUCUUCCUGGAGCUGACCAUGGGGCGCAGGAUCCAGUUCCCCAUUGAGAUGUCCAUGCCCUGGAUCCUCACAGACCACAUACUGGAGACCAAGGAGCCAUCCAUGAUGGAGUAUGUGUUGUACCCUUUGGACCUCUACAAUGACAGUGGCUACUACGCUCUGACCAAGUUCAAGAAACAGUUCCUCUACGAUGAGAUAGAGGCUGAGGUGAACCUGUGCUUCGAUCAGUUUGUCUACAAGCUGGCUGACCAGAUAUUUGCCUACUACAAAGCCAUGUCUGGAAGUGUCCUCCUGGACAAGCGUUUCAGGGCAGAGUGUAAAAACUAUGGUGUGAUCAUCCCCUACCCCCCCUCCAACCGUUAUGAGACCCUGCUCAAACAGAGACACGUACAGCUCUUAGGUCGCUCCAUCGAUCUGAACCGUCUGGUCACCCAGAGGAUCUCAGCAGCCAUGUACAAGUCUUUGGACCAGGCCAUCAGUCGAUUUGAGAGUGAAGACCUCACCUCCAUUGUGGAGUUGGAGUGGCUGAUGGACAUCAACAGACUGACUCAUCGUCUGCUCUCGAAGCACAUGACCCUGGACAGCUUCGACGCCAUGUUCCGUGAGGCCAACCACAAUGUGUCUGCCCCCUACGGACGCAUCACGCUCCAUGUCUUCUGGGAACUCAACUUUGACUUCCUCCCCAACUACUGCUACAACGGCUCCACCAACCGCUUCGUUCGGACUGCCAUCCCCUUUACCCAGGAGCCUCAGCGAGACAAGCCUGCCAACGUGCAGCCGUACUACUUGUAUGGGUCUAAGCCUCUGAACAUUGCCUACUCACACAUCUAUAGCUCCUACAGGAACUUCGUAGGCCCGCCCCACUUCAAGACCAUCUGCCGUCUCCUUGGUUACCAGGGCAUCGCCGUGGUGAUGGAGGAGCUGCUCAAGAUAGUCAAGAGCCUGUUGCAGGGCACUAUCCUGCAGUAUGUGAAGACUCUGAUCGAGGUGAUGCCUAAGAUCUGUCGCCUGCCGCGCCACGAGUACGGAUCCCCAGGUAUCCUGGAGUUCUUCCACCACCAGCUGAAGGACAUUAUAGAGUACGCAGAGCUGAAGACGGAUGUCUUCCAGAGUCUCAGAGAGGUGGGGAACGCCAUCCUCUUCUGUCUGCUCAUCGAACAAGCUCUGUCCCAGGAGGAGGUGUGUGACCUGCUUCAUGCAGCCCCCUUCCAGAACAUCCUCCCCAGGGUCUACAUCAAAGAGGGGGAGCGUCUGGAAGUCAGGAUGAAGAGGCUGGAGGCUAAGUAUGCUCCACUCCAUCUGGUGCCCCUCAUCGAGAGGCUGGGGACCCCUCAGCAAAUAGCUAUAGCCCGUGAGGGGGAUCUGUUGACCAAGGAGCGUCUUUGCUGUGGCCUGUCCAUGUUCGAGGUGAUCCUUACAAGGAUCCGUAGUUUUCUGCAGGACGCCGUGUGGCGAGGCCCGCCUCCCACCAAUGGCGUGAUGCAUGUGGACGAGUGUAUGGAAUUCCACCGCCUCUGGAGCGCCAUGCAGUUUGUUUACUGCAUACCCGUCGGCACUCACGAGUUCACCGCAGAGCAGUGUUUUGGUGACGGUCUGAACUGGGCAGGCUGUUCCAUCAUCGUGCUGUUGGGUCAGCAGCGCCGCUUUGACCUGUUUGACUUCUGCUACCACCUGCUCAAGGUGCAGAGGCAGGACAGCAAGGAUGAGAUCAUCAAGAACGUGCCACUGAAGAAGAUGGCUGACCGCAUCAGGAAGUACCAGAUCCUGAACAACGAAAUCUUUGCCAUCCUCAACAAGUACAUGAAGGCUGUGGAGACCGAUAGUUCCACCGUGGAGCAUGUCCGCUGCUUCCAGCCACCUAUACACCAGUCCCUGGCCACAACAUGCUGAGAAGAACUCACACAUGCUACAAACACACGCUACACACAUAAGCCACACAUGUCCCACAAACUACACAUACACACACACACCAACCCAAAUCAUCACCACACAGUCUGCCUCUCUUUGGCCUUGUACUCAGACUCUCAGAGCCUUAAGAUUCCAGAGGUCUGUCUGACUGUACACCAUUUUGGCACCAAAUAUUCCAUACAAAUGACAUUCCAAUUUGCAUUCCAGAAUGCAACUGUCUUGGAACUUUUCGUGUCAACAUGGCGACCGUUAAAAAGUAUAAAUCUCGAAAGGAGUUUUCUGAAGUCUGAAUAUUUUAGGCCCAUAACCACAGUCUAGUUUUAGAGGUGUGGGUGUUUUCAGAUGUUAGUUUUUCUGUUCCCAACCCAUGUGACUCUCACACCCAGACUCAGCAUCCCUUGUCCUGUCACUAGAGCUAUAUGUCACAUGGAUGGCCUCAGUAACACACAACUGCCAAUCCUGAGUGGUUACAGAUCUGCAGUACCACUCUGCUUCCCCUCUAGUCACAAUGAACAGUCUAUCAGAUACCUCUGAGAAACCAUUUAGUGAGCAUCAACAAUCAACCUACAUAAAAGAUGAUAGAUAUGCUGGAAUAAUCUCCAAAACCUCAAUGCAUACAAAUAAUCUGAUUCUGAAAUGACCUAUAACCUGAGAUUAUUAUUUGGUAGAUGACGUACGAAAGCAAACCCAACCUCCAUUUUAUUGAAUUGCUUCAUGAAGUCCACACGGGUGCUAAGUAUUAUGAUGAUACUUAAUUACACCAAAGUAAUCAGUGGCAUUUCCCCCCAUAACAUCCAUAAUAUGAUCAUCACACAAGUCAAGCUGUCCAUUCAUUCAUCCCAGAGGCUAACAUGUCUGUGUGUCCCAAAUGGCACCCUAUUCCCUAUAAAGUGCACUACUUUUGACAAGCUCCUAUAAGGAAUAGGGUGCCAUUUGGAUGAAGCCCCACAUCUCCCUGGACAUACCCAUGCUUAGUAAACCAGUGUCAUAGGUGUAGUUAGCCACACCUCUUCUCUCCUCACACAACCCUACUGUUUCAAAUAGCAUAACAAGGACACUUGACUGCAUAACAAGGACACGUGACUGCAUACCAAGGACACGUGACUGCAUACCAAGGACACUUGACUGCAUACCAAGGACACGUGACUGCAUAACAAGGACACGUGACUGCAUAACAAGGACACUUGACUGCAUAACAAGGACACUUGACUGCAUAACAAGGACACGUGACUGCAUACCAAGGACACGUGACUGCAUACCAAGGACACUUGACUGCAUACCAAGGACACGUGACUGCAUAACAAGGACACGUGACUGCAUACCAAGGACACGUGACUGCAUACCAAGGACACGUGACUGCAUACCAAGGACACUUGACUGCAUACCAAGGACACGUGACUGCAUAACAAGGACACGUGACUGCAUAACAAGGACACUUGACUGCAUAACAAGGACACGUGACUGCAUAACAAGGACACUUGACUGCAUAACAAGGACACGUGACUGCAUACCAAGGACACGUGACUGCAUACCAAGGACACUUGACUGCAUACCAAGGACACGUGACUGCAUAACAAGGACACGUGACUGCAUAACAAGGACACUUGACUGCAUACCAAGGACACGUGACUGCAUACCAAGGACACGUGACUGCAUCCCAAGGACACUUGACUGCAUACCAAGGACACUUGACUGCAUAACAAGGACACUUGAUUGCAUACCAAGGACACAUGACUGCAUACCAAGGACACGUGACUGCAUACCAAGGACACUUGACUGCAUACCAAGGACACUUGACUGCAUAACAAGGACACAUGACUGCAUACCAAGGACACUUGACUGCAUACCAAGGACACGUGACUGCAUACCAAGGACACGUGACUGCAUAACAAGGACACGUGACUGCAUAACAAGGACACGUGACUGCAUAACAAGGACACGUGACUGCAUACCAAGGACACGUGACUGCAUAACAAGGACACUUGACUGCAUAACAAGGACACUUGACUGCAUACCAAGGACACGUGACUGCAUAACAAGGACACGUGACUGCAUAACAAGGACACUUGACUGCAUACCAAGGACACUUGACUGCAUACCAAGGACACAUGACUGCAUACCAAGGACACGUGACUGUAUAACAAGGACACUUGAUUGCAUACCAAGGACACGUGACUGUAUAACAAGGACACUUGAUUGCAUACCAAGGACACAUGACUGCAUAACAAGGACACGUGACUGCAUAACAAGGACACGUGACUGCAUAACAAGGACACUUGAUUGCAUACCAAGGACACAUGACUGCACACCAAGGACACGUGACUGCAUAACAAGGACACGUGACUGCAUAACAAGGACACGUGACUGCAUACCAAGGACACGUGACUGCAUAACAAGGACACGUGACUGCAUACCAAGGACACGUGACUGCAUAACAAGGACACGUGACUGCAUAACAAGGACACGUGACUGCAUACCAAGGACACUUGACUGCAUAACAAGGACACGUGACUGCAUAACAAGGACACGUGACUGCAUAACAAGGACAUGACUGCAUAACAAGGACACGUGACUGCAUAACAAGGACACGUGACUGCAUAACAAGGACACGUGACUGCAUACCAAGGACACAUGACUGCAUAACAAGGACACGUGACUGCAUAACAAGGACACGUGACUGCAUACCAAGGACACGUGACUGCAUAACAAGGACACUUGAUUGCAUACCAAGGACACAUGACUGCACACCAAGGACACGUGACUGCAUAACAAGGACACGUGACUGCAUAACAAGGACACGUGACUGCAUACCAAGGACAUGUGACUGCAUAACAAGGACACGUGACUGCAUACCAAGGACACUUGACUGCAUAACAAGGACACAUGACUGCAUACCAAGGACAUGUGACUGCAUAACAAGGACACGUGACUGCAUAACAAGGACACGUGACUGCAUACCAAGGACACUUGACUGCAUAACAAGGACACAUGACUGCAUACCAAGGACAUGUGACUGCAUAACAAGGACACGUGACUGCAUACCAAGGACACUUGACUGCAUAACAAGGACACAUGACUGCAUACCAAGGACAUGUGACUGCAUACCAAGGACAUGUGACUGCAUAACAAGGACAUGUGACUGCAUAACAAGGACACGUGACUGCAUACCAAGGACACGUGACUGCAUAACAAGGACACGUGACUGCAUAUCAAGGACACUUGACUGCAUACCAAGGACACUUGACUGCAUACCAAGGACACAUGACUGCAUACCAAGGACACGUGACUGUAUAACAAGGACACUUGAUUGCAUACCAAGGACACGUGACUGUAUAACAAGGACACUUGAUUGCAUACCAAGGACACAUGACUGCAUACCAAGGACAUGUGACUGCAUAACAAGGACACGUGAGUGCAUAACAAGGACACGUGACUGCAUACCAAGGACACUUGACUGCAUAACAAGGACAUGUGACUGCAUACCAAGGACACGUGACUGCAUACCAAGGACACUUGACUGCAUACCAAGGACACGUGACUGCAUAACAAGGACACGUGACUGCAUACCAAGGACACUUGACUGCAUACCAAGGACACGUGACUGCAUAACAAGGACACGUGACUGCAUACCAAGGACACGUGACUGCAUACCAAGGACACGUGACUGCAUAACAAGGACACUUGACUGCAUACCAAGGACAUGUGACUGCAUAACAAGGACACGUGACUGCAUACCAAGGACACGUGACUGCAUACCAAGGACACGUGACUGCAUACCAAGGACACGUGACUGCAUACCAAGGACACGUGACUGCAUAACAAGGACACGUGACUGCAUAACAAGGACACGUGACUGCAUAACAAGGACACUUGACUGCUUUUCUUAGUUGCUUUAUUUAUUUUUCACUUAUUUGGGGGGUUUUAGCCUCUGAGUAUAAUUUUUAUUCAGUUCCAUUCUCCGUUGGAAAUGUCACUGUUGAACUAAAAAGAGAAGUGUUGAGUGUUGUAAUUGUUAUUGUUUUUAAUUCAUUAUUGAUAAUUACAUUCUUCAUCCUUGGUAUAACUUUCGUCUUCUACUGACGAGAAUCCUAAUCCUCACCUACUUUUUGAUUUCUCUGUCUUGUCAGUUUAUUGAACAUUUUUAUAUUCUGUAUGUGUGCUUAAUACAGUGAUAUUGUUUACCAUUUUUGAAAUGAUUGACAACAUCUUCAUCUGCACGUGUGUGUUUUUUUGUUUUGUUUUUCCGGAGUAAAAAAAAAUGUUAGAAAUAAUUCUUGGUUGUCAAAUAACAAAAGAGACCAGGAUGACUUUACUGUAUUAGAUAGAUUUUGUUCAGAGAGUGAAUGGAAGAUGUUGGUAGUAUCAAACUCCUGUACAGUUCACUCCCUCGAUAGAAGAAGAAUUAAAGCAAUCAAUAAGUUCCAUUUUCACUGUUUAGGUACGAAUUACACACAAGGGAUGGAGAGAGGGUGAUUUCCUAAAUAUAUUCAAUAUUCCAUAUUAUUGGAUUUUUUUUCGAGAUCGAGAGAGGGCAAUUUCCUAAAUAUAUUCAAUAUUCCAUAUUGUUGUAUUUUUUUCUUUAGCAGUGUUAUCAGUCCUUUGACCCUGUUUUUUAUUCUUAUGAAGGAAAGUUAAUCGUUACACCCAUGAAGGAGCGACCAUAUUUUCAGUUUGAAUAAAAAAAACUAAAUGAAGUUUAGUUUCCUGUAA